AUGGGCCCCCCCAGAAACGAAGACCUCACUCGGCCUCCGCCUUCCACCCAAAGCACAGCGAGGCCGCGCUCCACUCGGAAGCCCACGCUUAAUUCAGCGGCCAGAGCACAGGGGAACCGGCCCCGGCGGGCGGCGGCGCUCUCCGCCAGCCGCCCCUCCUUCGGGGUUUCUGCGCGGACUUCUGCCGACCCCCGUGCCGCCCCCGGCCCUCGGCAGUGCGUGCGCCCAGCUAGCCGGGACGCGCGGGCCCCGCGGGGCGGAAAACCUGGCGGCGGGAACCCAGCUGGAGUGCCGCUAGCAGCGCGGGAAACAGAGCUCGACGCCACUUCCGACGUCAGGAAGCGCUCUACAGCCCCGCCGUACGCCUUCCCGAAGUCCGGCUUUGGCGCGCGGGACGGUCGGCGGGCGCGGAGGGGGCGUGGCCACCCUCUGCCCCGCCCCGGCCGCGGGCCUGCCCCGAGCGCCCUUGCCCCGCCUCCUGGGGCCCCUCCUCGAGCCCUCUCCGGAGCCCUUCUCCACCCACUUCCCGCUCGGUUGUCGUUCCUUCUUUCCCGAGCCCCGUCUCCUUCUCCACCCCUCACUCACCUCGCUCGGGAGGGAAGGGGCCCCGGGCGGAGGAGCGGACCCCUUCCUCCCGCGGCUGCUGGAAGCUGUGGAACUUGGAACCCGGCCGGGCAGCCCGCUGCGUCCCGGAGCUUCCGGACCCAGAAUCUGUAAACACGGAGCCAGUGACACUCGGCCAGCAGAACAUAAACUCCAUGAGGGCAGAGAUACUAAGUGCUUCCUUCAUGGCCGUGCACUCCGUGAAUGAAUGAGUGAGGGUUCACUGUAUCUGUACUAUUUCAUUCCGUCGUCCCUCGCUGCAUGUGGCUGUUGAGCACUUACAAUGUGGCUGAUAGGACUGAAAAACCUUUUUUUUUUUUUUAAAGAUUUUAUUUAUGUAUUUGUCAACUUUUAUUUAUUUAUUUGCCCCGGAGGUAGGAUGGGCGGGGCUCCCUUCCCAGCACCACCAAGUGCACAAGCAGGCAGAGAGGCAGGCAGAGGCGGAGAGAGAGGCAGGCUCCCUGC